GUGGGGCCCAGCACGGAGCACAGACGUAUCCGCCCCGCGGAUGGCGGCGGGGCGCUCGCUAGCUGGCUCCGGGAACCGCGCCGUGCAUUCGCCGCCUACUUCGCCCUCAUCGCCGCCUCACGGGACGGCGAGACGUGGCCGUUCGCUCGACGACUGUUCCCUGAUCGAAUCGUCGGCCCUCGAGCCGAAAUCUCUCGGGACGCCACGCGCUGCAGUCGCUGUUUCCCAGACCAGCAGCCGCUAGGCCGUAGCUGCGUGGCAGGCCUACCGGCACAAACCCCUACAAAACUCUUCCAAGAUCGCAUUCUGCUCAAAAAGCUCCGACCUUUACCCCCACCGCACCAAUCCGGCCAUGUUGCGGAAUCCGGCGAAGGGUCUUCUUUCUCCGCCGUUUGCAGAGCCGGAGGAGCACCUGCGGUGCCCUCGGUGCGACUCCACCGACACCAAGUUCUGCUACUUCAACAAUUACAACCUCUCGCAGCCGCGCCACUUCUGCAAGAGCUGCCGGCGAUACUGGACCAAAGGCGGCGCCCUCCGCAACGUCCCCGUCGGCGGCGGAACCCACAAGAACUCCAAGCGCUCCACCUCCUCCUCUGUUCCCAAUUCCAAACGCCACCACCGCGCAAAAGCGGAGCUGAUCUCCGUCCUCUACCCGUCGCUCGACGUCGACCCUCGCCUGAUUGGUGGCGUGCCAAAUUAUGCGAGCACAUCCGCUGUCGGCGCUCAUGGGCCGGAGUUGCAGAGCUCGAUUGGUGACGCCGCCUUCGAGAGCAUGUCGUUGCAGGCGGCGCUGUCAAACUGCAACAACUUCUGGGGGUUCCAAGUUGAUUCUGAGUGCCGGGAUGGAGCGUGGCCUGAUCUCUCCACCUACAUCAAUCCUGGCUCUGGUUUGCAGUGAGAAAGAAGAAGGUUUAGCUCACAUUUCUGUUUACAGAUUCCUGCUUUCUUUCUGGAAUAGUUAGCAUAGAGGAUCUGAAAUAACUGGUAAUCAAUUGGCCUUUAGUUUUGUUUCUGAGCUGCAGUUCAUGUGGAAGUGUUGGAUGAGCUUGGAAGUUUUGCAGAUUAAGGUUGAUCUUGAUACCAAGUGAUUGAUCUUAACUAGCUUUUCUAGUUGUUUUUUUUUCUGUUCUCUUUUCUGAAUUCUUGAUCUUUUGAAAGAAGAAGAGUGUUUGAUCUUCUCCUGCAGAAUGGUUUGCUUCA